AUGUUCUUCGCAAGAAACAUAACGAUCGACCGUGAGCGUCAACGCUUGCAGCAUGAAGUGAUCGAGUUGACUGCUACCAUUGACCAAGUCCAGAAGGAAAAGCAUGCUGCUGAGAAAGCUGCCGAACGCUUCGAAGCCCAAGCCAUUGAUUUGGCCAACAAAGUCGAGGACUUGAACAAGCACGUUAAUGAUUUGGCCCAACAACGUCAACGACUUCAAGCUGAGAAUAACGACUUGCUUAAGGAAGUUCACGACCAGAAAGUACAACUCGAUAACCUUCAACACGUCAAAUACCAACUCGCUCAACAACUUGAAGAAGCUCGUCGUCGUUUGGAGGAUGCUGAACGAGAACGCUCCCAAAUGCAAGCACAACUUCACCAAGUUCAACUUGAACUUGAUGCUGUUCGAACUGCUUUGGAUGAGGAAUCUGCCGCUCGUUCGGAGGCUGAACACAAAUUAUCCCUCGCAAACACGGAAAUCUCACAAUGGAAGAGCAAAUUCGAUGCAGAAGUUGCAUUGCACCAUGAAGAGGUCGAAGAUUUGCGCAAGAAAAUGAUGCAGAAACAAGCUGAAUAUGAGGAACAGAUCGAGAUUUCCCUCCAAAAGAUCUCCCAGUUAGAAAAGGCAAAAUCUCGUUUACAAUCGGAGGUUGAGGUUCUCAUUGUUGACUUGGAGAAGGCGCAAAAUACCAUUGCCAUUUUAGAACGCGCUAAGGAACAACUUGAGCGUACUGUUGCCGAAUUGAAACAACGUAUUGAUGAGUUGACAGUUGAACUUGAGAACACUCAACGCGAGUUGCGCGGUGCUCUCGCUGAAUUGCAAAAGAUGAAGCAUCUUUAUGAGAAGGCUGUUGAACAAAAGGAAGCACUUGCACGAGAGAAUAAGAAAUUACAAGAUGACUUACAUGAGGCAAAGGAAGCAUUGGCCGAUGCUAACCGUAAGCUUCAUGAACUUGACCUCGAGAAUGCUCGUCUGGCUGGUGAAAUCCGUGAACUCCAAACCGCUCUUAAAGAAGCAGAUGCUGCCAGACGCGAUGCUGAAAAUCGUGCUCACCGCGCAUUGGCUGAACUCCAGGCAUUGAGAAUUGAAAUGGAACGUCGUUUACAAGAAAAGGAAGAGGAACUUGAAAAUCUCCGAAAGAAUAUGCAAUUUGAGAUUGAUAGACUAACAGCAGCUUUGGCCGAUGCUGAAGCACGUAUGCGAGCAGAAAUUUCACGGCUCAAGAAGAAAUAUCAGGCUGAAAUUGCUGAAUUGGAAAUGACAAUUGGUAAUUUGAAGGGGCUUAAUAAGAAAACAUACCUUACGCUUAGAGGGUGGGGGUAUGCCCUUGCUCAACGUAAAGUUUCUGCGCUAGCUGCUGAAUUGGAAGAGUGUAAGACGGCACUCGACAACGCAGUUCGCGCACGCAAACAAGCAGAAAUGGAUCUUGAAGAAGCCCAUGGACGUAUCAACGAUCUCCAGUCCAUUAACAACAAUUUGACUGCAAUCAAGAACAAGCUUGAGACUGAGCUUUCAACUGCUCAAGCUGACUUGGAUGAGGCUACCAAGGAGUUGCACGCUGCGGACGAGAGAGCCAAUCGCGCAUUGGCGGAUGCUGCUCGUGCUGUUGAGCAAUUGCAUGAGGAGCAGGAGCACUCAAUGAAAAUUGAUGCCCUUCGUAAAUCCCUCGAGGAGCAAGUUAAGCAGUUGCAAGUCCAAAUCCAGGAAGCAGAAGCUGCUGCGCUUUUGGGAGGCAAGAGGGUAAUUGCCAAGUUGGAAACUCGCAUUCGUGACCUUGAAACUGCCUUAGACGAGGAGACGCGCCGCCACAAAGAAACUCAAAAUGCUUUGAGGAAAAAGGAUCGCCGUAUCAAGGAGAUGCAAAUGCAGAUCGAUGAAGAACACAAAAACUUUAUCAUGGCACAAGAUACUGCUGAUCGUCUCUGUGAAAAGCUGAACAUACAGAAACGUCAGCUUGGAGAAGCGGAGGCAGUAACCAUGCAAAAUCUGCAACGUGUGCGGCGGUAUCAGCGUGAGUUGGAAGACGCUGAAGGACGUGCUGAUCAGGCUGAAAGCAGUCUUCAUCUAAUCCGUGCCAAGCAUCGCAGCAGCGUCGUAACCAACAAGAGUAACUCGCCCAAGGUUUAUGUUCUCGAGGACGAGCAAUAA